AUGUUCGGCAUCGAACCGCCCCCAAAGCGACCGCGACUCGAUCAGCAGCAGCCCCCAGUCCCAGCAGAAACUGCGGAGGAGCAUGCUUCCCCGCACCCCACAAACACAAGACCACCCGACACCGCGACCAUCACCACGCCCAACGCCGACCUCUUCAAUUCCUCCCCGGGGAGUUGGCAUCAGGAUGGCUUUUCGCAGGACCCGGGGUUUCUGGCGUCGCAGGAAGAGUUGCGCGCUAUCCUCUUCACGCUUGCGAACUCGGCGGCCCCGACGCGCGCAAGUAGCCCCGAGGCUGCGAAGAGAGAGCUGGAACUAGGUUUGGGGUCUCCGUCUACAAUCGCGUCGCGAUCAUAUCAGCACGGUGAGCCUAGUACUGCCACUGCGCCGAAAUCGCCACUCUCCAGCCUUAGAAGAAUCGAGUACUUGAAGAACUAUGUCGCGGAGGUUGCACCUUGGCUCGACAUGUUUGACUCCGGUUGCACAUUCCGCCAACAGCUCCCUGCCCUGUCGCACUCCUUCCCCGCCCUUCUCUAUGCGAUGCUCGCCAUCUCGGCGCGUCAGAUGGAGCGCAAAUCUGGCAUCCAGGGCUGGUAUGACAGUCUGGAGCUCUACCAAGAGGCAAUUCGCCUCUUGAGCCCAUUGAUCCAGGUUCGCGAUCCGAAGAUUGUGGCUGCGUGUGUGCUACUCUGCUGCCUGGAAAUGAUGUCUGCGCGGGCGCAGGACUGGCAUCGACACUUGGAGGGCUGCGCGGCAUUGUUUGAGGCAAGUGGGAUUCACGGGUUCUGCGGGGGCUUGUUGCAGGCUGUCUUUUGGUGCUAUGCGCGGAUGGACCUCUGUGGCGCGCUGAUAUCGGACGGGACGAGAACCACGGUGCUUCAUCCCUCCAAAUGGCUUCCAAUGGGCUGCCAGGAGGAAGACGCAUACAGGCUAUUCAAAGAAGCACGGACCCCGGACAUGCACGCCAACUACGCCGUGUACCUCUCCGUCAAGACAACCGAGCUUGUUUCCGCUCGAACGAAAUUCAUCGAACUCGGCGAAGACAACGGCUGUACGACAGAAGUCUUCGCUGCUCGCUGGACAUCGCUUUGGAACGACCUCCAGACCUGGCUAGCCGAACGACCUUCAGAGCUCCUCCCCAUUCAGACAAUCUCCCGCAAGCCAUUCCCGCAUAUCCUCUUCGUACAUUGGGCCGCCAUCUCUUCUAACCAGCUGUAUCAUACUGCUUGUAUCUUGCUGCUCAAAAUGAUGCCGAAGGGGUUGCGGAUGCCACGGUCACCAACGCUAUCCCUGCUAUGGCAUGCGCGCCGGAUUUGUGGGAUCUCAAUCAGCAAUAAGCACCAAGGUUGCCUCAAUAAUGCGAUCCAGCCGCUUUGGAUUGCUGGGCGCUUAUUCAGUCAUGCGUCGGAGCAUGAGCAGAUCGUCAAGAUCAUUCGCGACAUCGAGGCUGAGACUGGUUGGGGCGCUUGCUGGCGGAUUCGUGAUUUGGAAAUCGCUUGGGGGUAUAGUGUGAGUGGCAGCCGUCGAGAUACGACGAUGAAUCAACACUUCUUAGCGACCGUGCACCAGGACUCGCCUCAGCAUCAGCAGCAUGUCGUUGUGUGA